CACACACCACUUUAAAAAAAUCUCAAUGUUCACUGAAGACCAGAAGAACUCGGGGACGGAGCCCAUAGAGCUGCAGCAAAGGGAGUUGAGUCCAGAGAAGGGGAGAAGACUUUGGCUGGUUGGUGGUGGGUCGGAUCGCAGCGUAGGAGAACAAGGUCCCUGCAAAAGGAGAUCCAAAAGAGAACAAGAAAAGAAAAAUGUACUCUGUCAAAGUAGAAGAAACCCCUCCACCUUAUUCACCCCCAGCGGCCUUUCCCUCACCAAAUCCUGGUCCUUCAGGAAUGGGUGCAGCAGCUCCUCCAAUGUACCCUCCAGGUCCUCCUGGCCUACCAAGCUACUAUCCGAUGCCAGGUCCAGGAUACCCUCCCUAUCCAGGAUUUACCAACCCACCACCAGGCUUUCCAUAUGGUGCCCCACCUGCCCCGUAUCCACCACAGGCAUCGGGUUCAUUUGUUGUGACAACUACCAAUACCAUGGUGGCUUUACCUCAACGGGUCUACAGGACUUACCUGUCAUGGUCCAUCAUCAAUCUGCUCUUUCAUUUUCCUAUCUUUGGACUUGUGGCUGUGAUAUACUCUGUCAAGACACAGCAAUCUUUGAGAAGGGGAAAUUACAAUUUAGCUGCUAUAUAUUCAGCAAGAGCUUUUGGCUGGAACGCCGCCGCCUGCGCAUUGGGACUAUGCGCACAUAUGGCAUGGAUAGCUUAUCUGAUAUAUUUUAACUCAUCAUCCAAAUUUAAUCUGCUACCCUGAUAAUAAGAAUCAACACGAGCAACAUCCCGAAUGUAUGCAAAUAACUGUAAGCUGGUGGAAAAGCCGGAACAUCCUGAUCACCGGGCAAAGUCAACAUUGGUAACAAUCUAUUGUGUGGAGCUCCUCACCUCCUUUAUCAAAUCAGCCCAACGAACUUCUAUGACUGUACAACUUCCAAUAAAGCUGUUGAUAAUUUGCCGUC